AAUCAGGGGGAUAUGGGGGGGGGGGUGCUUACGGGGAAUUCCGGUUUCAGUAUGCAAACACGGAAGUAUAAUAGAAAAGUACAAUUUCUUUUGUGAAUGGUAGUGCUUCAAUAGUUUUGAAAGCCUUCUGCCAAUCUGUACGUGGUGAAUACAACAUAACCGGAGAAGCAAUGGACGAGCAGAUAGUAUAGAUUACAUGCAGCUGUAUGUAAAAUUUGUUAUACAGUAUCGGGGAAUUAAAAGCAGUUUCACUGAACGGAAUUAAGGCACAUGAAUAAUUAUUAUUGAAUCUGAACAGGCUACGAUGGACCUAGAUACCUUACUAAACCCUUUCAUCCUCUGCACCCUGAUCAUGAGCGUCCUUGUGUUCUAUACCCAAUGGUUCGAGUACCCUGUCUCGAACCUCAAACCUCUUACAGGACCGAGGGCGUGGUCCAUCCUCGGGAACCUCCCCCAACUCAUCGCAGCAAGGUUCGACAUCAGCGACUUCCACGAGAGACUAAGGAAGGUGUACGGCGCGGUGGUCGGGUAUCGCAUCCGCAGUCACAAUGUCGUGGUUAUCAGCGAGCUGAAGCUUGUUCGAAAGGUUGCCGAACAUCCAGAUUUCUGUGGAAAAAUGAGAGACGAGUUGCAUGAAAAUUUCUCUGAGGAGUCGAAUGUAGGAAUCUUAUCAUCCUACGGACAAACCUGGACGGAACAUCACGAUGUCCUGUCAACUUUCGUGACAGAAGUGUCCAAGAGCAAAGAGUUGGAGGACGUCUCAACCAGAGAGGCCACCAAUCUCACCAAGGUCAUGACUGACCUUAAAGAUAAAGACGCCGCCAUCCAUCGGUACUCUGUCCAAACUCUCGCGAUUAUCUUCUGUCAAGUGAUAUUCGGGAAGGUUUUUGGUGUCUAUGACGCACCCCUCAAGCAGCUUGUUGACAUCAUUAUGGAGAGACAGCGACAGGCGCCCUCUGCGGUGAUGCGUCUGCUGCCGUCCUACCUGACUGACUGGCCUGGCAGUGGCGCCAAAUGGCGACGUAAGCUUGAUGCCCGAUUUGUUAAUCUGGUCAAGGAAUUGGUCGGUGAUCACACCAAACCGAAUGAUUUGAAACCAUGCUUUGUGAAGAAGUACCGAGAGGAGAGCAUCCAGAAAAUACAAAAUUUGGACACUGGAGCGAUAACACUUCUUACGAGUCACAACCUCCUCUGGGCAUGCAUAGACCUGAUGACUAUCUGCGUUGAUGAAGCAUCACUCUGUCUUACCCAAUCGCUCCUCCUGCUCGCUUCUCACCCGGAAGAACAGUCCAGAUUGUUGGAAUGCAUCGGACCUGAAGCAAAGCUACAUGACGAUCAGGAACCUAUGGCUUACCUUGAAGCAGUUCAGCAGGAGACGAAACGCCUCGCGCCAGAUAAUCCUUGGUCAUUGUCUUUGGUGGCGCUGUCUGAUGUCACACUCGGUGAAUUUGAUAUUCCUCAAGGGGCAGUUGUCGUGGCGAAUGGGCGUUACCUCAGGCAAGGUUUGGACGAACCAGCUCGGUUCCGACCAGGAAGAUUUCUUGACGGGAACGGAUCAAGGGUUGAACUGCCACAGAUGGUAUCAUUCCCGGGAGGUAAGAAGUCAAGUCCAGCUGACCUGAUGAUAUCAUCAGCCUCUUCCAUUUUGACGAGACACAUUUGUCAACGGUUUAGACUGAGUCUGCCAGCUAAAACUGCACACCCCUUUGAUAAAAAUGGACUCAUCCGACUAAGUGCGCUUCACAAGACGAAACUUCGAGUAGACCCUCAUUAAUAUUCCAAGUUCAUGUUUAGACCAAUUAUUUAGAAAGUGCUAACAUAAUGUUCGAACUAGAUAUCAUUUCGCAAAUCUUGUAACUAUGGUAACAUGUCCAUAAAAAACAAAAAGGUACAUCUUUAGGUGCCAAAAAGUAAAUGUCUUUUUUUUUCUUCCACUACUAAGAAAUUAAUAGAAAGUAACCGGAAUAGUAAAAGUAGUCGUCGUCGUCGUCGUCAUAGUAGUAUAUAGUAGUAGUAGUAGUAGUAGUAGUAGUAGUAUUGGUAGUAUGAGGGGAGGAGGAAUAGAAGUAGUAGUAGAAGUAGCAGUAGGGAUGAUGGAGAUGAAGCUGAAUGUUUCAAUUGUUUGUAUUAUUUAUUUCGAUGUGUAAAAUAAUGAUUAUUUGCAGAUGAUAAUACAGAGUAGGAAUAGAGCGUAAACAAAAGAUACUUACAUCUCAUAAUCCCUUAAAUAAGUACUAGUAAUUUGCAGAAGUAAAACAUGGAUUGAAAUAAAGCGUUCAUAGUAAUAUAAACAAAACAAAAAGGGAAAUCAAAAACAAAAGUAUGCCUCUGUUAGCAUAUUAAUAUACAUGUAAUAAAAAGAAAAAUGUGGGGAUAGUAACAUUAAACGAUAAUCAAGAUAAGAAGAAGAAGAAGAAAGAAGAGGAGAAGAAGGAGGAGGAAGAGGAGAAGAAGUAGAAGAAGAAGACAUAUAAACAAAAUAUGAAUAUUUUGUUGAAAAUACAGUAACCUGGUCCCUUGCAAUUACCGCUCUCGGUAAAAGUUCUGAAUAGCAUCACACUAUUAAUUUAGUUGUGUUAUUUUCCCUUCAUGAAAUCAAAUAUUUCAUGAUUUAACAAAGAUAAGACAUAAAGCUCAAGUCAAAUUUUACCAAUACAUGUAGGUUAUGAUACCAAAUCUGAAAUAAAUUUUGCAGUAAACUCAUUAGGUAUAUAUAGAAAAUUUACUUUCUGGUAUUGUGUCAGGUAUUUAGAUGUGUUUUUGGCUCGUCACAAGUAUCAUUUAUGAUUAUUUCUCAAGGCGCCUUUGUUGUUUGUGCUCCAGCUUUUUGUAAAGCCGGCCGUUAUCCAGGCGAUAUACGUUUCAAGGAAUCCUUGACGCAAAAGUACAUAUUUCUAAAUAUAAUUUGUGUUUCGUACCAAAUGUGGCAAACUUGGUCCUAAUGUGGUAUAUAUUUUCCUUGUUACAUGUACACUCUUAUGUAUGUUUCUGAGGUUGAGAUGACUUCUGCUUGAAGUCAACUCUGGUCGCCAGACUGACUCAUUCCGGAGUUACUUUGACUCAAAAUUGAAUGAUUUUAAGCUGAAUCCAUACCAUUAAGCCUUCAAAUCAAAUCGAUAUCUGAGUCAUUUUGACUCGGCAUAGGGUUGAUUUCCAACUGGCGCCAUUCCGAUACAAAUUUGACUCCACGAAGAGUUUAACAUCAAAGUUGGGCAUAUGCACAUUAUAAGAGAGAUAAAACAAAACAACGAACGGUUAAAGCAUAUCAUUUAUUACAUCCGAUCUAUGGAUAACAAAUACAAAAUAAAACUGCCGUUAUCAUAUGUUAUAAAUCUUUAACAAUAAAGAUACAAGUCGUGAAUUACAGUGUAAGAAUAACCCUUCUGAAAGCUACCUUGAUAGAAUUGAGUUGACGUUUGAAAUGCUUGUUAAUAGUAAUAAUUCAUAAUAAGUUUCGAAAUACUUUUAAUGGCGUUACAAAGGUAUACAUCAUGAUAAUUGAACAAUUUUAAUAAAAGUUAUUACGCAGCAUGAUUGGGCAAUGUUUUUAGAGUAUGCAUCGCAGUGUAUAUACAGGCCUAUUAUCAUAAAGUUUGCAACAAACUUAAUUUGUAAGUGAAUUAAUACUUUAUCCGUAUCUUUUUUAAACAGGCAGCGUGUCAUGGGAAGGGUAGUCACAUAGUAAGAAGUUAAAAUAUUCACAUAACCCAGGGUGAUUUGUGGACAUAUUUUAGUAAAAAAAAGAGAAGGGGAGAAUGUUCUCUAAACAUCAUUCACCAGCACAAAUCUUGACUCAACAAACUAUUCAAGACGUUAAGAAGUAAUUACAUGAAAAUAUACGGCAGAGGUGGUGUCACGAUAGGGGGUCGAGUAAUACAAAAUAUAACAAAUGUGGCAAAAUGUAGAAAAGGUAGGAUAAAGUGAAUAAGAGAGCCUGGUCGUUGUAUAGCCGUAUUAUUAUAAUCUAGAAAAAAAAUUAAAUCAACCUUCCUCCUCAUCGAAAUGAUCAGGGGCCGCUGAAGCGGGGGGGGGGGGGGCUUCAGCCCCCCACUUUUUUUCCAAAACCGUGUACAAAAACGUAAAAAUGACCAUAGGAUUGUGAUUUUCUGCAUGGUCAGCCCCCCCCCCCCCCC